AUGCACGGGCCAGUGAAAGGACUCUUCUAUGCCAUUAGCUAUCCUAUUAUCGCUGUUGUUGGAAUCCCAGCGAACUUGGUGGCAACUGUAAUCCUAUUCAGAGGACAGUGCGGACUCUCCAGGUGCAUCACCUACUAUUUGAUGGCCAUAGCCGUGACAGAUUUCCUUGUUAUCAUCACCGGGUGCAUCCUCAACCGGAUCAGCCGCAUUUACUUUAGCUACAGUGUCCUGUCCACCACCCCUGUAUGCAGGCUGACCACAAUCUUGGUUCGCUGCAGCCGUGAUGGCUCAGUCUGGCUAACUGCGGCCUUCACCAUUGACCGUUUUGUGUUCAUUUGCUUUCAGAGCCUGAAGAUCAGAUACUGCACAGAGAAAACUGCACAAUUGGUUAUAGGAGCAAUCUUUUUCCUAAGUUGUGUCAAAAAUUUCCCUUUGUACAUCAUCUACAAACCCUUCUACAUCCUGGAUGGUGUAGCCUGGUUCUGUGGCAUAAAGUCUAUCUUUUAUACUUUACCCAUCUGGCAGGCCUAUGACUGGAUGGAGCACAUCUUAACCCCUUUUCUCCCGUUUCUUCUUAUCCUGCUGCUCAAUGUCCUGACAGUAAGACACAUUUUAGCGACCAGCAAAGUCCGCAGGAAGCUUAAAGGUGCUGAGAAUGGCGGAGACCCCGAGAUGGCAAACCGUAAGCGAUCCAUCAUUCUGCUGUUCGCCAUUUCACUCAGCUUCCUGCUGUUGUGGGCCACUGAAGUUGGACAUUUCCUUUACUUGCAGAUUAAAGGUGAUGCAUACUUCAAUAACUUGAAUUUCAGAGACUUAACCUACAUCUUGCAAGAGAUGACCAACAUGUUCCAGCUACUCAACUCCUGCAACAACGUCUUCAUUUAUGCAGUAUCCCAGAACAGGUUCCGUGACGAGCUCAAGAAGGUGUUAUUCUGUCCUUUCACCAUACUUGCAGAUUGUUUUAAAACAUAA